AUGAACGCUGGUAACAUGUUAUAUGCGUCGCCACAGCAGCGAUACUCCCCAUGGUCCUUCGAAUUCGAAGGGUUGAACUACGCGUCGCCCUGGCCGUGGCAAAUGUACUGGUUCUACCAGCAACAGCAACAAGCCAACUAUUGCCAUCCAUCGUACCAAGUCCAACCAACCUACCGUCCGCUCCAAACGAUCCCGCUACCUCCCACUUCGGACACAUCGGACUCGGAAGGUGAACCUCACACUACCGCGAGGAUCACCCCAGCCACUCCGGAGAGGGACAGGACGUCGACUACGACCCAGGAUAUUUCACGCAGGGAUAACUCUCGCCCAAAGAAGAAGAAUGCCAAAAAGAAGCCACAGCUCGCUCCUCUGACGCUCUCGCCUGCCUCUCCUGCGAAAUCCGAGGUCACCCGGCUGACAGAAAUGGAUUCGCCGUCGCCGAAGAGUAUGGUUCCAAUGAUACCAGGUCUUUCCUACUCGGAGCAGUGCUCGUUGCUCCGCAACGCUUCGCUGAGCUCGAGCGUUGGAAGUCCCGGAAGACGAGGGCGUGAGUUUGCGAGGCCGUCUCACUGGCGCGAAGACUACGUCCCGCCCUCCUCUCCCUGGAUCAAGAAGCGCUUCCUCCAGCUGCGCUCGAUCGUCAAAGCUUCAGACGAGAUCCUUCCAACUACGCUCCUCGCGCGCUCGCAACCGAUCACAUUAAACCCCCUCCUCCAAUACCACUGUCCACUUCUCUCAACCUCCCUCCUAUCCCCCUCCCACACCUCGUAUGCAUACUUCUUCGACCUCCGCCAAGACGCCCUCUCCGACUCGUCCAUCCACCUCCCAGCGAGCAACGGGCCUGUCAACGCCCUCCAUCACCUCCAGCUUGCCACCACGCCCCCAACGCACCACCUCACCCUCAUGCAUCCGCUCCUUCCAUGGACACUCACAGUCCGCUCGUCGCACCCCAACGGCGUUUUGGUUUCAGAUGUCCUACGUUGCAUGUACGACGAGUUGAUGAAACCGAUCAGUAGGGAAGACUGGUGGAACGCCGAGAUGGAGGCGGAGGAUCGAGAAGCAGUCGAGGAUGCGUACAGGCGGAGGUGUAAAACUGACGUCAAGCUGUUGAUGGAAGGUGUGAAGAGAGUUGAUUGGUUAGGAGACUCUGUUGGGUUCAUAGGACUUGCUCCGGUGAAAGUGAAUGGGAUGUGGGAGAUUAAGACGGUACCAGUCUUGGAUUCGGAUGUAUGA